AAUUAAGGAAAGUGUGGUACUAGAAUCCUAUCACUUCGAUUUUCUUCUCUUCCUUACGGAAGACGCAGAGCUGACUAAGCGGAGCGGGGACCCACCCCCAUCCCUUCGCUCCGCAUCAUCAUCUUCAUUCAUCCCCUGCGCGGGAAACUUCAAACCCCACCUCUCUCCUUUCUUCUGCUAUAUAUACGCAUAGCUGCUGCUUGCUGCGUACGAUCCUUCCUAUGCGCUGAACCUGUUCGAUCAAAGUCCUCACUGAUUUUUCAACAUGUAUGUGGUCAAGAGAGAUGGGCGUCAGGAGUCCGUGCAUUUCGACAAGAUCACCGCUCGUCUCAAGAAGCUCAGUUAUGGCCUCAGCAUCGACCACUGCGAUCCCAUCCUCGUCGCCCAGAAAGUCUGUGCCGGCGUCUACAAGGGCGUCGCCACCAGCCAGCUCGAUGAGUUGGCCGCUGAAACGGCCGCCGCCAUGACUGCCAACCAUCCCGAUUAUGCUUCUUUGGCUGCAAGGAUUGUUGUGUCAAACCUGCACAAGAACACCAAGAAAUCAUUUUCCGAGACGAUCAAAGACAUGUAUAACCAUGUCAGUGAGAGAUCUGGGCAGAAGGCUCCUUUGAUUGCGGGUGAUGUAUAUGAAAUAGCCAUGCAGAAUGCUGCUCGCUUGGACAGUGAGAUAAUCUAUGAUCGUGACUUUGAUUAUGAUUACUUUGGUUUCAAAACCCUCGAGAGAUCUUACCUGUUAAAGAUUCAAGGAAAGGUUGUUGAAAGGCCACAGCACAUGUUGAUGAGAGUUGCAGUUGGAAUUCACAAGGAUGAUAUUGAUUCUGCUAUCAAGACAUAUCAUUUGAUGUCUCAGCGAUGGUUUACUCAUGCAUCGCCUACCCUCUUCAAUAGUGGGACACCCAGGCCCCAAUUGAGUAGCUGUUUUUUGCUAUGCAUGAAAGAGGAUAGCAUUGAAGGAAUCUAUGAUACUUUAAAAGAAUGCGCUGUUAUCAGUAAGUCAGCUGGAGGAAUUGGUGUCUCUGUUCAUAAUAUCCGGUCUACUGGCAGCUAUAUUCAUGGAACAAAUGGUGCAUCCAAUGGUAUUGUUCCAAUGUUACGAGUUUUCAAUGACACUGCUCGUUAUGCUGAUCAUGGGGGUGGGAAGAGGAAGGGUGCUUUUGCUGUGUACUUGGAGCCAUGGCACGCAGACAUAUUUGAAUUUUUAGAUUUGAGGAAAAACCAUGGAAAGGAAGAGCAUCGAGCACGUGAUCUUUUUUAUGCCCUUUGGGUACCUGAUCUCUUCAUGGAAAGAGUCCAAAGCAAUGGACAGUGGUCUUUGUUUUGCCCCAAUGAAUCUCCAGGUUUGGCUGAUUGUUGGGGUGAAGAAUUUCAAAAACGGUACACCCAAUAUGAAAGACAGGGCAGGGCAAGGAAAGUUGUACAGGCACAAAGCCUCUGGUUUGAAAUUUUGAAGUCCCAGAUAGAAACUGGGACUCCUUACAUGCUAUAUAAGGAUACUUGCAAUAGAAAAAGCAAUCAGCAAAAUCUGGGCACUAUUAAGUCUUCAAACUUGUGCACUGAGAUAAUUGAGUACACAAGCCCAACAGAAACUGCUGUGUGCAACUUGGCAUCAAUUGCUUUACCACGAUUUGUUAGAGAGAAGGGGGUUCCAGUGGAAUCACAGCCAUCUAAGCUUGUUGGCAGCCGUGGGUCUAAGAACAGAUAUUUUGAUUUUGAAAAACUAGCCGAGGUUACUGCAAUAGUUACAACAAAUCUGAACAAAAUAAUUGAUGUCAACUAUUACCCAGUGGAAACUGCGAAAAGGUCAAAUCUUCGACACAGACCCAUUGGUAUUGGAGUUCAGGGUCUUGCAGAUACCUUCAUUUUACUUGGCAUGGCAUUUGAUUCAUCAGAGGCUCAACAGCUGAACAAAGAUAUAUUUGAGACCAUAUACUACCAUGCUCUAAAAGCUUCUUCUGAGCUGGCUGGAAAGGAUGGUCCCUAUGAGACAUAUAAUGGAAGCCCUGUGAGCAAGGGGAUUCUUCAACCGGACAUGUGGGGGAUAACCCCUUCAAGUCGAUGGGAUUGGGAUGUCCUACGAAAUAUGAUAACAAGGAAUGGAGUAAGAAAUUCUCUUCUUGUAGCACCCAUGCCCACUGCUUCAACCAGCCAGAUUCUUGGAAACAAUGAGUGCUUUGAGCCAUAUACCUCUAACAUUUAUAGUCGGAGAGUUUUAAGUGGCGAGUUUGUUGUUGUGAAUAAGCAUCUUCUUCAUGACUUAACUGAGAUGGGUCUUUGGUCCCCUGCUCUAAAGAACAAGAUAAUUUAUGAGGAUGGUUCUGUUCAGAAAAUCCCAGAAGUUCCUGAUGAGCUUAAAGUUAUUUACAAGACUGUUUGGGAGAUCAAGCAAAGGACUCUGGUUGAUAUGGCUGUUGAUCGGGGAUGCUACAUAGACCAGAGUCAAAGUCUAAAUAUACACAUGGAUCAACCGAAUUUUGGAAAACUAACUUCCUUGCACUUCCAUACGUGGUCAAAGGGUUUGAAAACUGGGAUGUAUUACCUGAGGUCACGGGCUGCAGCAGAUGCCAUCAAGUUCACAGUGGAUACUUCCAUGCUUAAAGAGAAAAACAAGAUGGAAGAUGAUGAUGUGAGCACAAAAAUGUCACAAAUGGUAUGUUCAUUGACGAACCGCGAAGAGUGCAUGGCUUGUGGCAGUUAGAAUGGUAGGCUAUUCAAGUGUUUUGGAUUUGAAACCAGCUUUUGCUUAAAUGGCUUUGAACUCUUUCUAUAGCUACAACUUAGUUUGUAUAUAUUUUUUUGUUUUUUUGGUUUCACGUCACGUGUAUCUGUUUAUCAUCUAUACAUAUAUAUAAUACCCAAAAUCCAAGGCCCAUGGACUUUGCUGCUCCAACUUAAGAAGUGUUUAAUGCCAACUGAAUAUAGGAAGUUGGAAUGAAAUGAUGCCCAAGUUGCCCAACUAACUGUCAUUUUUUUGACACGUACACUUC